AUGACGGAUUGCAAACGCCUGCUGCUGUUCACCAAUAGUGACUUCGGUCAAGCCAACGUAGUCCUCGCUACAGCUCACGAACUCGGUCUUGCCCGGCAAGAUGUCGAAAUCCAUAUAGCCUCGUUCCAGGAUCUAAGGAGCGGAGUUGAUGAUGCCUCAAGAUUCAUGCAAGCAACCGCAACUCAACAGAAGAAGAAUAUACCUCGACCGUUCGUGUUCCACGAGAUUGAAGGAACGAGCUGGGGACCGGCUACUAAGCGUCCAGAAACGGCAAUCUUCGAAACGCUCGAGCUGACUCCGGGGCUCGUUAACUCAGCAAAAGGCGUCGCUAUUCUCCCAGCUGUCAUGAUACCUUGGAGCCCAAAAGAGUUUCUUGAUAUCUACAAGGAAACGGAACGAGUUUUCAAUGAGGUCAACCCUGAUCUGACGAUCGUUGAACCGCUAUUUACCCAAGGCUUGACCUUCUGUCACCACCGAGGUGUCAGAUGGAUGGUCCUUUCGCCGAAUACGAUCAAAGAAUUUGCAGUCCCAGUGCAACCAAAGUUAGCUGCUCUGUGGAAUGCUUGCUCGGCCUUGCCUUAUCCCAUACCGUGGAGCCUCGUCCCAUGGAACAUCUGUUUUGGCUUCGUGGCUGGCUACACUCUACUCACAGAUACCCGACUGAAAAAAACAACCGAGAUACUCCGCAAGGAGGUCGACACUUCCAUAGCUUUGAUGACGAUGAUGGAGCUGGGUGUAUUGACGCCGGCACCACCAAAUCUUCCCAUCCUUGUGGCUAGUAGUCCUGAUAUAGACUACCCGUUCAGCAUCAUACCCCCACAGCUCACAUCAUGCGGUCCCAUCAUACGAGCUGCCCCGCCCAUCCAUGAAGUUGACGCAGACCUAGGAGCAUGGCUUGGCCAAGGUCCAACUGUAUACGUCAACCUGGGCACGCAUCACAAAUCGAAUUCCACUGAAGCUCAUGAAAUGUCUAAAGCCUUCAAAAAGGUUCUCGAACACGCUGAUGCAAUGCAUACUGCGGGGAAGCCUCUUAAAAUUUUGUGGAAGCUGGGACGCGUACCUGACGAAGAAGGGAACGCCCCAAAAAGAGACUCUUAUACUGGCGAAUGGGCGUUGGUGACCGAUGAACUACAGGCUUACAUAAAACGAGACAGAGUCCGUAUCACAGACUGGCUCGUCGCUGAGCCAAAGUCUGUCCUCGAAUCGCAAAGCAUAGUUUGCUCCGUGAGUCACGGGGGAGCUAAUUCCUUCUAUGAGGCACUAUGUUCUGGCAUACCUCAGGCGCUUCUACCUGCUUGGACAGACUGUUAUGAUUUCGCGAACCGCGUUGAGCUACUCGGUAUUGGGCGCUGGGCUAAUAAGGAAGCAAAGCCUCGAUGGAAAGAGGACGAGCUUGCGGGGGCGUUGUUGGAGAUUCUGUUUGGACCGGAGUCCGCGGGGAUGCGAAAGAGGGCAGGGGAGAUUGCGAGUCGUCAUCCAGAAUGGAAAGGUCGGCAAAUUGCUGCUCAAGAGAUUCUCGAUUACUUGAGGAGACUAGAGUAA